GAUGAGGAACAUGUGUUUGUUGUGGCUACAUCUUUUACUUCUGAGUAGUUCAGACACUUCUUAUGGUACCCGUAUUCUGAAACUGAGCAAGAGUAUGGCAGUGAUUGGUCAACGACUUGUCCUGAAAUACGAAAAUGACAUGACGAAUAUUACAGAAAGAGUGACUUUUAAUUUGGAAGGUAUUAUACAGGGAGUUUGUCAAGAUCUUACUUUUCUUAAUGGACAAUGUGGCUCUGGACUUGGACAUACUGUCACCAGAAUCUCUUCACGUGUAAUCACGCUUGAGGUACCUUCAUUUGAUGCAACAGUGAAUGCUGGUACUUGGAAAGUAGAGGAAGGAUUAAGUGUCUUUUCAAAUGAAUUGGGUUUGACAGCCCCAUUUGCAACUGUGGUGACCAACUCAUCAAUCAAUGUUACAGAUGCCCUCCCUACACAAAAACAAAUUGACUCCACCAAAGAUUUUAACGUCAGCACCAUCAUUCAUUGUGCAUUUCCAAGUGUGAACGUGUCCUGGGUGUUUGGUGACAGUCAAACUCUGAUUCCAGUUAUUAACACUGAUGAUACUGGGUGUAACUCUUCUCUACUGAGGACCAUUGCUGUUCUUAAGAUGAAUGCUAAAUCCACGACUGGCCCAGUAGCUGUUUCGUUAAAGUUGAUUCAUCCAUCUUUUGAGAAUGAAGUCCGUUAUAUGUGGCUUGGUGAAGCUAGCUUUCCAGGUGAUCCAGAGCGCAUGUCUGCCUUAAGUGCAGGUUCUAUCUCGGGAAUUGUGAUCGCUGUUGUUCUGGCUCUUGCUAUUCCUACUGUGUGGGUACUGUAUAACAGGCAAAUAAAGAAGAAAGCUGAAGAUGUGCAGAAUGAGUCUAAUAACUAACGGAAACCAAAAUCAAGUUCACAACUCUGCAUGUUUCUGCAAUUAGUACCUGAAUAAGGAAGACAGAAACAUGCUAAUGCUAGAACUCCAGUUGUCUUGUUUUCAAUUUGUAUGAAACUGCAUCAGUAAAUAAGGCUCUUUUUUGUUGGUGUUCCAGUAUUUUACAUUUGGUUGGAUUUUUAAAAUAAAUUUGCUGCUGAAAUUAUAUUAUCGUAGUCAGAAGUGCAGUAUUUCACUAGUUUUACAUUAGUUGUCAAAAAUAACAAUUGUUUGUUUGCAUAAAACGGUAACUGAUGAAUUGGCUUGUUACUGUAUAAUGAAUAAUGUUAAAAUUCAUAUAAAAAUACAUUAUUAGUUCUAAUAUUUUCACAAACAAAAGGGGGAGGGGCAUAACAAUUAUGAACUGUAUACAUUAUAUCUCAAAAUGCUGAAACAGCAAGUUUAGACAGUUUUACUUGAAUUGUUACUUAUAAUCAAUCAAGCAGUACGAAGACAUUAAAAGCAGAAUUGCAUGUGCAAUUACUUUAUUUAACUGUUUCAUUUAUACAAUGCGUUUUUGUCCUAAUAUGUUUAACAGCCAAUACCUGAUUUUGCCUUCCAAUAUUUUCGAACGUGUAUACUAAAAAUAUAUAUAUAUUACAAAAUAAAAUGAAAAAUGACUGCUAAAAUAUUAGGACAACUACACUAGAUAUACAGACGCUGGUAUUCAAAACAAGAACAUGUAUUUUAUCUGUAAUUUUAGUCACAAAGACUGUUCAUUGGAAAGAAUUAAGAAUUAUUUUAUUUAUUUACACUUAGAAUGUUCAUCGGUUACCAUUUCAUGCAAACAAGCUAUACAAAUCACUUGAUCCCAUAUACAAUAUGUGUAUAAAUAACUCGGGAAUAUCAGAAUGGUAAAGUUAAUGAAAAAAAACAAGUGUCGAAGCUGUCAUUAUGUAACUUUGACACUACAUGUUUAAGAUGAUUUACGAUUUUUCAUGUGAUUUUUAUUUAUAUUGCAGUAUAUUAUUGUCUUAUAUUUCAUGUAUUUUAUUGUCUUGUUCAUAUU